AUGCAGGAUCUUCCAGAAGAACUAUUAGCGAUACCCAAAAACGGAAAAAUUGAGCUUAAUCCUGAUCCGUCCGUCCGAACGCUUGGACUUUUGUGGCAAUUAAAAACCGAUACCCUUAGUUUCCAGUUCACCAUCCAACCAAUUGACCCAAAUACACAACAAACGAAACGAAAGGUACUGUCUUCCAUUGCGACGCUAUUUGAUCCAUUGGGUCUGAUUGGAGCGGUCAUAACAACAGCAAAAAUAAUGAUGCAACAGCUCUGGUGUGUUGAAGAUAAAAAUGGCAACAAAUUGGAAUGGGAUGUUCAAAUACCAAGAAUGUUGGCGGAAAAGUGGAGACUUUUUCAUGAUCAAAUUCCGCUACUCAACAAACUGCAAAUUCCAAGGUGUACGGUGACCUCAAAUGCGAUAAGUAAGGAACUACAUUUAUUUUCCGAUGCAUCAGAAAAGGCUUUCGGAGCAUGUGCGUAUUUUCGUAGUAUUGACGCCAAUGGAAAUAUAUCAUCAAGGCUUUUAACAUCAAAAUCAAGAAUCGCACCACUUAAAACACAGUCGAUACCAAGAUUGGAGCUUUGUGGAGCGUUGAAGGCCGCGGAGCUAGCCGAAAGUAUUGUGAAGGCGCUUGAGGUACAAAUUGAUAUAUACUUCUGGACGGAUUCAACCUGUGUACUCCAAUGGUUAAAACACAUCCCGUCGACAUGGACUACAUACGUUGCAAAUCGAAUAUCCAAGAUACAAAGACUGACUGAGAAGCAUCCGUGGAGGCACGUUCCAGGUGAACAGAACCCUGCGGACAUAAUAUCUCGUGGCGUUUAUCCCGAACAGAUCCAAGAAAAUAGCCUAUGGUGGCAUGGUCCCCAAUGGUUGCGGCAACAAGAGAACUUUUGGCCUAACCAGAACCAGGAUUUGGGCCCUGAAGAAGCAGAGAAGGAGAUUAGAAGAACGUCAGCAUACGUCGCUGUUGAAGAUGAGGAGAAAUUUGGACAAAAUUAUUGUGCUAAAUUUUCCACCUUUACCAAGCUCAUUCGUUCGACUGCAUAUUGGAUUCGGCUGAUGAAUCAUCUUAGCAAACCAGCAGUUAAAGCAAGGGGAUUUCUUUCAACAAAAGAACUGAAAAUAGCAGAAAAUGCGAUAAUACGUUGUAUCCAGAGAGAAUCAUUUCCAAAAGAAACCAAGGCGUUGAUGAAGAAGGUCCCAAUUGCUAAUAAUUCCGAUCUACGUUGGUUCAACCCGAAAAUUAGUAGUGAGGGCAUUAUUCGCUUAGGUGGGAGAUUAAGUAAUGCAGACGAGUCAGAAGAUGUAAAACACCCUAUUGCGCUACCGACUAAACACCCUUUUACUCGACUGCUGCUAGAGCAUUAUCACAAGGAGCUUCUACAUGCGGCACCACAACUUUUGCUCGCCUCGGUUCGUCUAAGGUAUUGGCCGAUUGGAGGACGAAGUCUAGUACGCCAGGUAGUACAUAACUGUUUACGCUGUUUCCGACAAAGGCCAAAAUCAGUUGAGCAGUUCAUGGGAGAGCUGCCAGCAGCUCGUGUAACUCCAUCACCACCAUUUUCGAAAUCCGUAGUCGACUAUUUUGGACCUAUAUUCGUCCGCCCAGGGCCUCGUCGACCAGCAAUUAAGGCAUAUGGUGCCCUUUUUAUUUGUCUAUGUACCAAGGCAGUUCAUUUAGAAUUGGUCACCGAUUUGUCGACGGAGAAAUUUAUACAGGCACUUGAGCGUUUCAUUGGUAGAAGAUCAAUUCCCGCAGAUCUGUACUCCGAUAAUGGUACCAACUUCGUCGGUGCACGAAACCAACUACAACAACUCAUGCAGAAUUUGGGAAGCAGUGAAUUUCAUCGAGAGAUUAACAGUAGAUGCAGCGAAAAGGGAAUCCAGUGGCACUUUAAUCCACCAGCAGCUCCACAUUUUGGAGGAUUGUGGGAGGCCGCUGUAAGAUCGGCUAAACAGCACCUAUUGAAAGUUUUGGGAGAAAAUGCAGCAUCUUAUGAGGAUCUUAACACACUCUUUAUAAAGGUCGAAGCGUGUCUUAAUUCAAGACCAUUGAUACCACUUUCGGAGGAUCCCAAUGAUUUGACACCCUUGACUCCCGGACACUUUUUAGUAGGAAGAUCAAUGGUUCAACUCCCCGAGCAAAAUUGGACGGAACUUCCCACGAAUAGAUUAACUCACUUCCAGCUUAACCAACAAAGAUUUCAACAUUUUUGGAUGCGUUGGCGAAGAGAAUACUUGUCUCAGCUUCAAGGCAGAAUUAAGCGGUGGAAACUGGCAGUUCCGAUUAAGGUCGGGCAACUUGUAGUCGUACGAGAUGAGAACUUACCGCCGCUGCGUUGGAAGAUGGCACGUAUUAUAGCGGUACAUCCUGGAGAAGAUGGCGUAGUACGCGUAGUUAGCCUUAAAACGGAACAUGGAACGAUAAAACGAGCAGUUGAGAAAAUUUGUCUGCUGCCGCCUAGAUUGCAGCCCCUUGAAAAUGAACCUGAGAAAUAA